CCGGACGUGGAGAGCUAUGUGCUGCUCCCGGGUUCCCCCUACACCAUCCCCCCCUCACAACCAGCUCCCCCCUUUCCUUCAUCUUACGCGUGGUUAUCGUGGUGUUAUCUUAGACAAGUGAACUACAGUGGUAUAAUUACAGGGUACAGUGAGGUAAUUACAUUCUUCAGUUACAUAAUACAGAAAUACAGUGACUGGGUGGUUAAAUGAGGAGUCUUAAUACAGUGAUAAGUUACAGUGUCAGGUUACAGUGACGGUACAAGUCUUUGGUUUCAUACAGUGACGGUCUAUAGUGCUACAGGUAUCGACUACAGUGGCUGAGUUACCAUAGAUGCUACAGCGGUAUUUAGCUUUAUUAUACAGUGACAAGUUACAGUGAUUCAACCAUAACUACAUAAAUACAGUGACGAGAUACAGUGCUUCAGUCAUUGCUACGGAACUACAGUGAUUAUUUACAACUACAGGAUACAGUGAUUGAAAGUCUACAGGGUGUCACAAAAAGUAGACUGAUUUUGAUAUUGUGAGAGUUUACGUGCAUAGAGCUGCCGACGCACCUUGGCACCAAUCAGCUGUGAAUCCUUGACACAUUUGACGUACUUUACUGACUACCCAAUUCUUGACAGUUUCAUCUCUUGACAGCUACGCACACACUCUUGACAGUUUAGCCCCCUGAAAGUCCAUUUAUCUGACUGGCACGAUUUCUUGACAGUUACACGCCUUCUUGACAGUCUAGUUAUCUGAUUGGCACGAUUUUCUUGACAGUUCUUGUAUUUGACUGGUACCAUUUUUUGACAGUUACACACCCUCUUGACAGUUCUUGUAUCUGGCUGUCAUUAUUUUCUUGACAGUUCAGUGCCUUGACAGAUCCAUCGUUUGACAGUCCUGAUCUUUAACUGGUUAAUUUCUUGACAGUUUGACACCGUGACGUUUAAAUAACUUGACAGUCAGACCGCUUGACAAGUGUAUCGCUACACAGUUAACAGCCUGACUAACUCUUGACGGAUUUGUUACUUGACAGCUUCACCUUUAAGCACCCAGUCAUCCCUUGACAGUCUCUCGCCAUGACAGUCCUGACUGGUAGUAGCUCUUCCUCGUGACAGUCUGUCUGUGUCAACUGGUCCCUUGACAGGCCAACCUCUUGACAAUUCAGCACCUGACAGACACACUUCUUAACAGUUAACCAUUUGACUGGCCAGUUUUGACAGCUCAGAACUUGACAGCGAAACUUGUUGAUACUUAACGCUUGACAAAUCCACCGCACGACAGGCUCGCCGCUUGACAGGCCCACCGCUUGACAGGCCCACCGCUUGUCAGGCCCGCCGCCUGACAGGCCCACCGCUUGACAGGCCCACCGCUUGACAGGCCCACCGCUUGACAGGCCCACCUUUUGGUGUAUGACAGGUGUGAGGUUGACAGUGUAGGCUGAUGAUACUCCUCAGUUCGGCCGCCCACACACUGUGACAACCCGCCCUCUUGACCGCCCCGACACCCUGGUGGGCGGCCUCAAGGGAGCGUACACCAUGCCCCCGGGGUGGGUGGGAGGCGGCCCACCCGACCCAGGCACCACCCACCGCCGCCCACACGCCCACAUCCCGCCCACUCAGUAGUAUGGGCGGCGGCAGUGGGCGGGCGGGUGCUACUCUCCUGCUGCUGCUCGUGGUCGCCGCCCACGUGUGCCCCGCGCCCGUGCCUGAGGCCACCCAUCACGCCCACGCCCGCCACGGUAACCUCACCCUCCUGACCGCCGCCCCUGCACGCCUACGCCACACCCAGGACGCCUCUACACGCCCAUACUACCUCCAGGACGCCCUCACCAGCUCACACCACCCACAUGUAGCAGGGACAGCCUCGACCCCCGCCCAUGAGACCGCCCACGGGGCUCUCCACGGGCGUGCGGGUGGGCGUCGUGGUCGUGGGCACAGCGUCCAGUACACCCUGGACCUCCUGCCUUCCCCGGCCUCCGGGGAGGUAGAGGAGGACGCCAGGCUGGCCUCGCAGGUGACGGUAGAGGUACAGCUGCUGCCCUGGUUGGAGGAGGCCACACUGGGAGGCCGGGCGGGGUGUGUACACGUGGACGUGGUCUCCAAGGCCGCCCACCUCGCCCUCCAGCACCAGCCGCCCCCAGCAGGUGUCUCCGUCGUCGUCCUCCCACCACCCUCAGAUUUUACGUGCACUGAGCGUCACGGGGUAGAGUACCUACUGAUGCAGAUGACGUCACCCACAACACAGGUGCUGAUUGGUGGAGUGGAACCCGGCCUGUGUCGAGUAGCCAGUCAUCUUGCGAGGAAAUACCACAAGCUAUUCCUGCCCUGGUCAUGCCUGGAGAUUCCCGCCCUGGAGCACAACGGCUCCCCGCCCAUCCACGCCCACACCCAGGAGGAGGAAGAAGAAGAAGAGGAGAGGGAAUCAGCCAUGACCGUGGGCGUGCGUGACGAAGGUAGCCACGUUGCCAUGGUUACGCCCACGGCCUUGAAGGUGGCGUGGGCGGCGCGGGCGGCCCUGACUCACCUGGGCUGGAGGCAUGUCUGUAUCAUCACAUUAGACUCGAGAUAUUGGAGGGGACUGGCUCACACAGUCGAUGUUGAACUGAGAUCACUACAUCACCAAGUACCUACAUUAGCUGUACUGCCUACUGCCCCUUCCUUACAUAACAUCACCAAGCUCUUCAACAUCCGGGCCACCAAGCUGAUUAAGGCCUACCUCCUCGUCCUGCCAUCAUCAUCACCAGUCCUGGGUCGGGUCCUACAGGAAGCAGAAGUCGAGGGCGUCACCAGACACUCCACCUUCUUCAUCCUCGACCCUCUCUACGCCCCUGUCCCAGCCUUCACGCCCACACACGCCCACGAUCACAAGACCCCACGCGCCCACCAAGCCGCCCAGCAACCCCUUCACGCCCACGAUGGUCAAGAUAAAAAGAGAUUUAAAGGACUGAAACAACUGAGUGAUCUGUCAACGGAGGCGGCCCGGGCUGUGAUGGUUCUGGCCGCCGCCACUAGAGGGCCACCCAAUAUGGCGGCCAAAGGAGGUGUAGAAACCAACACUGACAAGAACACACCGACAGACACACACACGAACGCCUCACCUGGCCAUAAAACAGGCGGAGGAGGAGGAGGAGGAGAACACAAGAAUAAACGAAGAGAUAGAGAGAGAGAAGGACAGAGAACUGAAGCAGAAGGGAGAAGAAGAGUCGUAUUACCUCCGGCAAUAACAGCGCUUCCACUUAACCAAUCAGUGGCCUCAGAGAGCGAGGCGGUGUUGACACGUCUUGUAUACGACAGCGUCAGUCUCCUUUCACAUCUCCUCAGAGCCAACGUCGGCACUUUCCGCCUCCGCAGAAAGUCCAAUGGCGCGAAAAAUUACACUAGUGAAGAUUUAAAGCCUACAGGUGGGCAGAAUGGCAGCGUCCGGGCACAGAGAUGGAAGAGAAUGGAUGGGGUGAGGAUGGUAGAUAGGAACCACCACAGACCAGCCGCCGUCUAUGAUUGGUUACCAUCUACCCGUUUGGCGCGGAGUGAUGCCAUCUCUUCUCUCCUUAUUAGAGACCUGAAGGGAGAUCUCUAUCUAGCUGAGGAUGAGGCAGAGAGGGAGAGACUUUACUUUGAGAUGAAGAAGCUAGACACAGAGAGACAAGGUAGAGAUUUUGAGAAGAAACUAGAGAGCAUUAUCGGGUCGAGGAGAAUUAAAGAAAACGGAUUUAACCGCCAUAAGAAAACGGAGGGGGGACUUAACAAAUCCCAAAUAAUAGAGAUGAAACUCAAGAAACCCACUUUUUUCCCGGCUCUGUGGGGUGAUGGAUUCGUGUCGACUUCUGGAGAACGUAGAUUCGACUUCUUAGUGUUGGAUUGGCACCCGAGGACGCAGGAACUGGUGACGGUGUUAGAACUGAAGGAUAAUACUGUUGGAUAUUCGGAGGUAUCCGAGUGGAGUGUGGUGAGGGUCAGGGAGAUAGACUGGUCCCACGACACUCCUAUACCGCGAGACCAAGAUUGUGGUAACAGUGCUAUCUGUGGCUAUGUGGUGGCUGGAGUGAGGUUGGCUCCUGGAUACGUCGUGAUGAUUGUCCUGUGUUUGCUGUUCGUGCUGGCUGCCUGCUGUGGCUUUGCUGCUGUGAUGAGGAAGCAUCUCCGUCAGAAGGAAAUGAGUCGAGGUCCUUACAAGAUCCUCUUGACCUCGUCUGACCUCACCUUAUCAUCCCGACCCGAUACCGCGGCCAGGAAGGUGGGGGAUUUUGUCUGCAUAGCAGGAUGUGUUCUAUCUGUGUUGCCUGGGUCAGGUGGUACGGGAGAGCGGCCGGAUCUACUACGUGGAUCGUUUAGCUCUACACAUAGGCCCAUCCCACAUGACUCCCUCCUCUCCACGGCAUCCCACGCGGCAAAUAAAGAUGGGGAAGAAGCAAAGGCGAAAUAUAAUGGAGACUUCGUCCACCUCAGGUACUUCUAUGUUCCUACCGGCAACUUCGAGGUCAAGAACAGGACCAUGACCCUCCUUAAACAGAUGCGCGAUCAGCGGCACGAGAACAUCAACGGGUUCCAGGGGAUGCUGUGUGACCCCAUACGACCCGGCCUGGUGUUUGACUACUGCAGCAGGAGGUCACUCGAAGACAUCAUCAGACAGGAGGAUAUCAAGCUCGACUGGUCCUUCAGGCUGUCUCUCCUCACUGACCUUGUUAGGGGCAUGAGGUACUUACACGGAUCACUCUUCAGACAUCACGGCCGCCUCACCUCCCGUAACUGUGUGAUUGACGCUCGUUGGGUACUCAAGGUGACGGAUUACGGUCUCCCUGGCAUCUACGAGUACCAGAACCUCACCUACCCCAACAAACCCAUCCGCGACCUCCUAUGGAAGGCCCCGGAGCUACUACGUGAUGAAGCGCUUAUGAUAAAAGGGACUCAGCCAGGGGAUGUGUUCUCCUUCGCUAUCAUCAUGCAGGAGGUGGUGGUGCGAGGUGCUCCUUACUGUAUGGUGCAGCUUACACCACAGGAGAUCCUGGCCCGCCUCAAGAAGCCUCCCCCUAUGAUCCGGCCGUCAGUGUCCAAGGGAGCAGCGCCUCCGGAUGCCAUCAACAUCAUGAAACAGUGUUGGGCUGAGCUGCCAGACAUGAGACCAGACUUCAACCAGAUUAAUGACCUCUUUAAGAAACUCAACCAGGGUCGGCGGCUGAACAUCGUCGACACAAUGUUCCAGAUGUUGGAGAAAUACUCGAGCAACCUGGAGGAACUCAUCAGGGACAGGACGGAACAACUGGACCUUGAGAAGAAGAAGACGGAACAACUACUGAAUAGAAUGUUGCCCAGUUCCGUGGCAGAUCAGCUGAAACUGGGAAUGCCUGUAGCACCAGAGGAGUUCGACGAGGUCACCAUCUACUUCUCGGACAUUGUGGGGUUCACCAGCAUAUCCGCCUACUCCACCCCCUUCGAAGUGGUUGACCUGCUGAAUGACCUCUACACUGCAUUUGACUCCACCAUCAACCACUACAAUGUUUAUAAGGUGGAGACAAUAGGCGACGCUUACAUGGUGGUGGGCGGCGUACCAACCAAGAUUGAUGACCACGCCUCUCAGAUAGCCACCAUGGCACUGGAUCUCCUUCACCUGUCUGGCAAGUUUAGGAUCAGACACCUUCAUAACAUCCCCCUCAUGCUUAGGAUCGGCAUACACACAGGUCCUUGUUGUGCUGGUGUGGUGGGGAUGACUAUGCCGAGGUACUGUCUCUUUGGGGACACUGUCAACACCGCCUCGAGGAUGGAGUCGACAGGAUCGGCCUGGAGGAUACACGUGAGCGAGAAGACGUGGACGGUGCUGCGGGACGUGGGCGGCUACCACCUGGAGUUCCGGGGACUCACCAAACUCAAGGGCAAAGGCGAGAUGAACACCUACUGGCUCCUCGGCAAAGAAGGUUUCCUGAAGGAUCUACCAGUGCCCCCAGAGAUAGGGUACACACACAGGCUGGACGAGGAGCUGGUCCGCCUAGGUCGUCAACAUUACAUGGCCCGACGCGACUCCACCGUUGACUCCCUGGCCAGCAUUAAGGGUUUCAGUUCCAUCCACGCCGCCAAGAUGCAGAACGAGGCACUGGAGGCGUCCGUGUGCGAGGAGGAGGUCGCCGGCGGCUCUGGGGACGCUCGGAUGAUGUUGUCCGUCCUUCAGCAGUUGAGUUCCGAGAGCGAAGGCGUCCCCACUCAAGACGCCGAGGGCGAGGGAUCUUCCAGUCCUAGAGUCGUGGUGCCAAAUGGAAGGACUCAUUUAGAGGCUUCGUGUAUCAUAGUUAAGGAAGCUAAUAAGAGCUGUAAGGAUGACAGCUCAAGUACAAAGCAAGUAUCAAAAAGUAACUGUGUUAAGAGCAAAAGUCAAAGUUCAGUGCCAAAGAACAUUUGUGAUAGUGUUGUUGUUGUGCCAAAAACUUACUCGAGGGAAAGACGGGAAAGUCACCACCGUAGCAGACACUCUCACGCCAGGUCCAGGUCGCCACAGCCUUCUGCACCCCUCCUCCAGGCCAACCACGUUGACCAUACAUCGGAGAUCGAGUUACAGAUGGGUUCGGUGAUCGCCAACACCCCGGUGGAAAACUCCGGCAACAUCGGGACUCACGCCUUUCACGGUGGUGACCACAGGGUGUUCUGCAAGAGCAACUCAGGGGGCAAAAGAUGCACUGCAGAAGAGGACACGGACGACCCUUCAGGCCGAGCCUCAAACUUCCCACCGGGACCGAGAAGAGAAUCGUGCCGAGGAUCCAACACCCCUCGCACGGCGUCCCCGCCCAUGCUGUGCCACAACAAGGUCUUCCCACAACACGAUAUGUCAUCACCCGUUAGGGACCGCACCACCACCUGGGGCCAUGGACCUCUGCCAGGGGCCCAGCAGGAGAUGGGAGGAAUGCGCCCCACAGCACUGCAGGGAGUGACUGCCGAGUGCCAAGUACACCCACACACCCAGGACCCCCCGUCACCCACCGAAUCGACCAUGUUGUGACCCCCACCACCACAGAUCUCAUCACCCACCCCUCUCUUCCUCUUACACUCUGAUCCCUCCCUCACCACAACUUUAUUACCUCAACCUUCUCCCUCACCCCAACGCCUUUCACCAAACAUAAUGAUCCAACAACUGACAGUAACAACUUAUCCAUAUUAUCUACACUUCCAGAUACCUUAACAUGACAACACAUUUAGUUCAUCAAUCUCUCACACUCUGAAACACACUGUUAUCAAUUUCUUUGCAUCAUUUUUUAUCUCAUCUUAUGCUUACUCCAUCUCAUGAAAUAUAUCUUGUUCAAUAUUACCUUAUUUCACUUCAACUUUUCCCUGCCCUUCAUCCCAUUAUGCCCUUUCUCCUCCUCCAUCACAUUCCAUCUUGCCUUGUGUCUACCAUUCCAGCCUCUCUGCCUCCCCUCGUUCACACACUCCGCCCUUCUCUGUGUUAAGUUCCCUCCCAGCCGUCCCACAGAACUUGAACACCAUCUUCCUUGCGUGUCCUAGCUGGACUUAUGACGAUGGUCAUGGUACUGUAUAUUACCCCGACCCCCC